CCUCACCCCAGGACUGCAUUGGCCCCCUACAAGCCUCCUAGCCGCUGCCACAGGAGUUGCUGGGCACAGAGGCAGCGCGCCAUCGUGAAACGCGGCAGUAUGAGGACCUGCCAAUCGCUCGCGCUGCUGGCGAGCCUCGCGCUCCUGCUGGGCGCCACCACCGCCGCGGCGGCGUGCUCCGCGGAGGAGAAGUGCGUGGCCAGCAGCUGCGGCGACGCCUAUGGCGCCCCCGACAUCAAGUUCCCUUACUCUGUUGACUACACCACCACCGGCGACUCCCUCACCACCACCUUCCACUUCAAGGUCUGCUCCACCGCCUGCGACGCCGCCGACCCGCUGUGCAAGCCGCUGGCCGCGCUGCGCCUGCGCCUGAGCGACGCCGUGCUGGCCGCCCCCGUCAAGUUCAUCAAGCUGGCCAACCCAGAGGGCUCGGUGGCCGCCUCGUGCGCCGCCGCCGGCCCCGGCUGGUUUGUCAAGGGCGGCGAGCUGCUGUCGCUGGCAUCCAACAACCCCGCGCUGGGCGAGACGUGUGAGGUGAUCACCGUGUCUGUUUACAACCCGCCCGGCGCCACCGAGCCCAUACCGCUGUCGCAGCUGUGCCAGCAGGGCGUCGAGGUCGUGGACGAGGCGGGCAAGGCCGUGUUCUCCCAGGACGGCGCCUCCUGCCUCUACACUCUGGAGCUGGCCUCUGGCCUCUCUGGCGUUGGGCAGCGCCCCCACCCCUACUAUGGUGGCAGCCACCGCCGGCUGCAGCAGGCUCCCUUUGUGCGCAGCCUGCUGUCGUACUACGGCCCCUCUGCGCACCACCGCCGCCUGGCUGAGCAGGGCGUGCCCGAGCCGCUGGCCUUUGCCACGCGCCGCCUGAUGGAGGCCUCCGUCGUGCCCCUGCCCCACCGCCUGGCCGACGGGGGCGCCUCUGCCGCCCGCCACCUCUCCGGCUACUACCACUCGUCUGGCCGCCGCCUGUCCUCCUACUAUGGCGGCAGCCACCACCGCCGCCUCAUGAGCCUGGGCCAGGCCGACGGCUUUGCCGGGCGCACCCUGACUGGCUACUACCACGGCUCCCACCGCCGCCUCUCCUCCUACUACGGCUCCCACCGCCGCAGCCUGAUGAGCCUCGCGGGCGAGGAGGCCAUGGUCGGCCGCACCCUGCUGCACGGCGGCUACUAUCAUGGGGCUGACCACCGCCGCAGCCUGAUGAGCAUUGGUGAGGAGGCGACGGUCGGCCGCGCCCUGCUGCACGGCGGCUACUACGGGGAUGCCCACCACCGCCGCAGCCUGAUGAGCUUUGGCGAGGAGGCGACGGUCGGCCGCGCCCUGCUGCACGGCGGCUACUACGGGGAUGCCCACCACCGCCGCAGCCUGAUGAGCUUUGGCGAGGAGGCGACGGUCGGCCGCGCCCUGCUGCAUGGCGGCUACUACGGGGACCACCACCGGCGGUCGAUGCUGAGCGUGGGCGGCCAGGAUGCGGCCAUGGGCCGCGGCCUGCUGCACGCCGGCUACUACUCUGGCAGCCACCACCGGCGCCGCCUCCAGCAAGCGGGCCGCGGCCUGGCCUCCUACUACGGCAAGCACCACUGA